ACAAAUUCGAAUCAGAGGUGGUCGCAAAAAUGUUUCCCAAGCGCUUAUCUGUACAGUUGCUGAUAGCGCUGCUAAGUGCGCACCUAGCACUUGCCCCACCACCCCCUAAUAACGAGCGUUUCAAUGCAGAUCAGACGCAGGGCAUAAGUCCCACUUACAGUGGACAAGGCGAGGGUUGGGGCUACGGACAGCCACAGAGGCCUGACUUCCACCAUCAUCAUCAUCGUGGAUCGCAUCAUGGCCAUCAUCAAUACAAUAAUCCCCACUAUGAACCUAACUAUCCACCUUAUCAGCCUGGAUGGAACAAUCAGGCACCUCUUCUAGGGGGACGCGGAAGACCUGAUCAACAGGGCUACUUCCCACCACGCCCGAAUUUUAAUGUAAACCCACAGUAUGGCUUUCGACAACCCACUCCAGGAGGUCAGUUUGGUGGACAGCAACCAUUUGGCCCAGGUGCAUCUGAACUUGGUGUAGGUAGCCGAGGUCAAGGUUCGCAAUUUGGAGGCAGUGGUGUAAACGACUUUGGAUUGCAACGGCCAGGCGCGGGUGAAGCUGGUGGGCCCUUCCAGCAAGGUUCAGGCCAAGCUCCACAGCCGGGUGGCAAUAGUCCAUCGACAUUUGAUUUCCAACAGCCUGGUGCGGGUCAAUCUCCGCAGCCGGGUGGCAAUAGUCCAUCCAUACUUGACUUCCAACAACCCAAUGUGGGCCAAGCUGCCGGACCUUUCCAACAAGCUCCUGGACAAUCUGCACAGCGGGGUGGCAAUAGUCCGCAGACUUUUGACUUCCAACAACCUGGUGUGGGUCAAGGAGGAGCUUUCGAGCAGGGUCCACAGUCAGGUGGGAAUGAUUUAUCAAGUUUUAACUUCCAGCAGCCAGCUGCUAGUUUUCAACCGCGUCCAGGCCAGGACUCACAAACCGGUGGUACAUCCUCCAAUGGCAAUGAUCAGAAAAUCGAUCUGUCCAACUUUUUCAACACAAACAAAGAGUUUUUGUCGCCUGAACUAGCCACACAGCAGCCGCAUCAAGACCUGGAGCAAGCCAUUCAGAGUAACCCUACGGAAGGGGGAGCUGGGGCUGUCAAGCCGGGGUCUGUCGACAAUCGCAACAUAUUUGAAACUCUGCCAAAUUGUCCAGACGGAAUGCAAUAUCUGGGCGGACGUUGUCGCAAGUCUGCGUAAGCAAGUGACCGUUGAUUCAUAAUGUAAUCGAGUGUUACUAUAAAUAAAAUUUAAUAAAUACGUUCUCGUACGUUUAAAAAAACAGCAUGUGACGCCAUUAAACAAA